GCAAAAGCAACUAGCCAGCAAACAGCGUCUGUUCUCGAGCCUCUAAACCUGCAGACAGGUUGGAUGUUGUCAAAUAAAAGCUAGUGCCUUCAGUGAUGGGCUUGUCCCGUGUUCACGGGCCAUGAAGCAGCCACGUGCAUGUCCCAGAGCAGAACCGUAGCCUCUGCUUGAUUAUCUGUGUUCUGGAGAGAAGAGUAAGACGCAGCCUGCAGAGUUGUUUUUAUCAGCGUUCAGAUGAGGAGAGAAGUGAGUUCUGAAGACAGAUGGGGAGCUGAGAUGACCGCUACUACUGACGGAGGAGGAGGCGGCACAUGUGACACGUCAAAUGUAAAAGACAACAAUCCGUGUACUAAGAAUGACUGAAACUCCAAUAGAACUUGAGCUAUCUGUCAAGCCGUCACAGUCAGAAUCUGGGAGGGGGCUCCAGCCUCCACCUCUGUUUCAGCUGCCACUCACCGACCAGGAUCCCUCCGACAACGACCAACAAACGCAGCUCCAGCUUGAGCGCCAGCUGUCCGAGUCGAACCCCGAGGCCCAGCAGCAGGCAAAGCCGAGGUGGAUAAAUCCUCGAAGGCUGCUUCUCCUCCUUUUGGGCUUCUCCUUAUGUAGUGCCAUUCUGGGACUUUUUUAUUAUAUGCAUUAUAGACAUCUAAAUAGCAAUAUCCAGACAGUGACUCCAUGUCUCUCCCCAGCCUGCCGCUGGGCCUCAGCCCGUCUGUCCAUAUCUGUCGAUCCCUUCACGCAGCCCUGCGAUUACUUCUUGUUCUCAUGUGGAUCUGAUAUACUUUCCCCGAACAAGGGCGGGAGGCAAAGAGGGCAGGACAUCCCUGGGCAUCCACAGAACCUGAAGGAAAAUGCUGGGAGGAAAGGACAGAGAAAGGAGAAAAUACCGGACAGAAGAACAGUGCUGCUGCAAUAUCUCAGGGAGAUUUUAGGUAGUGAAUCAAAUGACAGACCGGUUAGUUCAGCGGUCCAAAAGGCCAAAGGCUUUUACCAUUCCUGUUUGGACACCGAAUCCAUUGAAACAGCUGGAGCAGACCCCUUCCUCGCACUCAUCCAGAAGCUCGGUGGCUGGGCCGUGUCGGGCCAGUGGAAUCGGACCGACUUUAACUCCACCUUGAGCCUGCUCAUGAGAGACUACGCCACCUUCCCGUUCUUCAACCUCUAUGUGGGAAGAGACCCGAAUGAAAUGCCCCGCGGGACAACUAAAAGAUACAUACAGAUCGAUCAGCCAGAUCUGUUGAUCCCGGUCCAAUGGAACAGCAAGACACUGAAGUCUCAAGCUGAAACGCAGACGCUACGUCCCUUCUUGGAAUCGUGUCAGAGGUACCUGGCGUUGUUGGGGGCCCCGCCCAGCCGCAGCAUGAUCCACGUGGGCACGUUCAUCUCUCUGUCCUCCGAGCUCGCCGUGGCGGCGGCACCUUUGCACGUUCGCCUUUCGAGAGGACAGCUUCAUCGGCGCAUGACCAUCGCAGAACUGCAGAAACAGGCCCCGGCCAUCGAUUGGCUGGGCUGUCUGCGGGCCGCUUUCCAUCCACUGCCGCUCUUCAAAGACGAUCACGUCCUUCUGCAUAAUUUACCUUACAUUACGCAAAUGUCCCGCACCAUUGGCAAAUGGCUGACCAAGCACGAGCUGAGCACCAGCAGCCCCGUUCAUACGUACAUGGUCCUCAACCUGCUGCACACCCUGAUACCUGCCCUGGACUCCAGGUUUUUGGAAACGGCGAACAAUUUGUCUGUGGCUCUGGGUGAGGCCGAAGGGGUAGCCGAUCGCUGGAAACGCUGCGUGUUCGAAACCGAGCGAGGAUUUGACCACGUUCUUACACACCUUCUCAGUGAGAGGACAGCGCUCAGAGAGGCAGAGGAGAUUGUUCAAAAUAUAUUUUCAUCCUUCAAGUCCACAUUACAUGAACUCAAAUGGACAGAUCAGAAGUCUCUCCAGUUUGUCAUGAAGAAGGUUGAGUCUUUAAUUCCAAGACUUUGGACUACAAAGGAGAUUUCUAGUGAGGCUGAGCUCGACCUUCUUUUUUCCAAGGUAACAGUUGGCAAAAAAAGCUUCUUCUCCAACUAUGUCCAGUUACUUUCCUUUUGGCGAAAGCGACGCAGUCAGCUGUUGACCGGGCCGGCUGAGGCGGCUGACGGAAGUCUUUCUGUCACACCGUUUUUCCUCGGCGAUGAGCUCCUCUUUCCCAUGGGAAUGUUCAUCCCUCCUCUCUUCCAUCCUACCUAUCCUAGGGCCAUGAAUUAUGGUUUGAUGGGUUUCCUUAUUGCCAAAGACAUCCUCCACUUGAUUUUGCCUGAUGUUUACUCUCGGAGUGAGAUGGUGCACACUGUCGGGGAAUGUGUGUGGGCUCACUACCUCGCUGUGACAAAAGAAGCGGGCGGCGGCGGUGGAGAGUUUUCUCUGUCAGCGGCGCAGCAGCAGGAGGUGUGGGUGCAGUAUUCUGCAUUGCAGAUAGCAUUGCAGGCUUAUCAUCGGAGUCUAAAGAACCAUCCAAGGGACACGUCCAUCUCAGGACUAUCACACACACGUCUCUUUCUCACAUCUUUUUCACAGGUUCACUGUGACUCAGACGAAUACAGCCAAUUCAUGCCCUUAGAGCCUUCCUUCUUGAUUACAGUCAUUUGCGUCAAUUCUGAUCUGUGUCCUACGAGCCUGCAGUGUCCCAAUAAAACUCAGCAGCAGCAUUCAUUAGGAACAUGCUGAGUAUAGUUCUUGAUUAUUAUUAUUAUUAUGGAUUUUGUUCUUAAGAAAUAAAGCACACUGAUGUUUACAAACUGUUGUAAAGACAGUUUCUUAUUAUUAUUACACAUGUUCAUGGUGUGAGUAUGUACU